GGGCUACGUUCUCCAAGUUCGGUGACCGGUAGUAGUAUUUGUUUCAUAUCAAAAGAUAAGACCGUGCAUUCUCAUUUUAAUCGAUAACCGCAAUCUAUCCACUGUUUAUUUUCUAAACAACGCGAGAACUGCCCACAGGCUGUGUCUACUCGGUCCUUUAUAAGUUAUGGAAGGAAGUUGCUGUUGGUCAAAAGGACACUAGUCGACGUCAACUCCUUUAACCACGGUUACAACUAAACUAAACGUGCAACUGCGUGGUUUUAUCCAACCACAUGUUUACUUGUCGACAUUGUUCAACAAAUACCUGAGGCCACGAAAGCACAACAUGCCAACGUAUCCGACUUUCGAGUAUGGCAAGCCUCGUUUUGACCAGAACACCUUUUUUGGCAGGUUUAGACACUUCCUUGAUGUGAUCGAUCCCAGAACACUCUUUGUGACGGAGGAGCGCCUUCGGGAGAGUGUGGACCUCCUAGAGAGCUUCAAACACGGAAGACUCCCGCCAGGGGUGACGUCUGCCCAGCUAUGGCAAGCUCACAAAAUCAAACAGGCCAUCGUCCACCCCGACACUGGCGACAAGAUACCCAUGCCCUUCCGCAUGUCAGGCUUCAUCCCGUUUGGAACGCCAGUGGUGGUGGGUCUUCUGCUCCCCAACCAGACCCUGUUCUCUACGGUCUUCUGGCAGUGGUUGAACCAGAGCCACAACGCCUGUGUCAACUACAGCAACCGCAACGCCUCCAAGCCAACGGACCUGUCCAAAUUCUUCCAAGGCUACAUGGGCGCGGUGAGCAGUGCGGUGUCCAUCGCGGUGGCGUUGAGGGUGGCGAUCCAGAAGGCGGACCGGUUCAGCCCCACCACCCGACGGAUGGUCCAGAGGUUCAUCCCCUUCCCGGCCGUGGCCAGUGCCAACGUGUGCAACGUGGUGCUCAUGCGUCACUCUGAGCUGUCGGAGGGCAUCAACGUCCUGGACGACAAGGGCAACGUCGUAGGGACCUCCAAGAUGGCCGCCAAACGCGCGCUUUUCGAGACAGCCCUGACCAGAGUGGUCCUACCCAUGCCCAUUCUGCUUCUCCCUCCCAUCGUCAUGGCGAUGUUGGAAAGGCUCCCAGUGCUGCGGAGUCGCCCCGGUCUGCUGCUGCCCGUCCACAGCCUGGUUUGCCUGGCCGCCUUCAGCCUGGCCCUGCCCCUCGCCAUCAGCCUCUUCCCCCAGAUGUCCCAGAUCCACGCCAGUCGGCUGGAGCCGGAGAUCGCCAUGGCAACUCGCUGCAAGAUCCUAACGUACAAUAAAGGCCUCUGAGGGGGAGGGGCCCGCCGACGACCAUGUGACCGGCCAAGGUGGCCAAUCACGUCGUUGGAAGCUGGGGAGGUUAUCUACUCAAAAGAUAAAUGGUAAAAUGGACUGCAUUUAUAAAGCGCUUCUCUAACCAGCGGUCACUCAAAGCUCUUCACAAUAUUGCCCAACAUUCACCCGUUCAUGCACGUAUUCACACAUUUAACCGCCGAUGGCGGUGUCAGCCAUGCGAGGCGACAGCCAGCUCGUAAAGAUCAGUCAGGGUGAGGUUGAGCCGGGGAUUGAACCAGCAACCCUCCGGUUACCAGCCUACCUCCUGAGCCACAUGCCGCCCUGAGCUGUUCUUAUUGGACGAUGAGGGUCGUGUGUUUAAGCGAGUCUAUGGUCGUUGGUUCAAGUCCCUAGGAUCCAACUUUUCUAGUGGGGUAUGGAUGAUCCGGUAUAUUGGGUCUGUUGGGGCUUAUGAUUGGUCAGUUAUAGUAAUUAUAGUGUAAUUCAUGAGGUUGUGAUUUAAGAUCGUGUUUACAUGUCCUCCUGAUUCUGUGAGGAACUGAGAGAAUGUUUUGCAUAGUAGAUAGAUGAUUUACACGGCAGCGAAAUAACAAAUCCUAGUUACACUUUAGGAUGAAGUAUGACUAUUAAAUUUGUUUCCUCUUCUAAACUUUUUGUUUGUAUGUUUUGUUCAUGUUAAUGUAUAUAAUUCGGCACCACCUCCACAAACCUUAACAAUGUUUAUUAUGACAUUUAUUAUGAUUAUUAUUUUUUUGAUAUGAUAAGCUUACACAAAGUAAAAGUGUUGACAUUACAGAUUAAACAUUAUUAAUAAGUCAAACUCAACCGAAGGAGAUGUCUUUUUAAAAAACGAAGGAGAUGUCAUUGUUUUGCUUUCACAGACGGAACGCUUUAGCUAAUCGUUCAUAUCCCACCUCUUCUUCCCAUCUUAAUGUGAGCGUAAUGCCAUUCCUGACGACCAUACAUGGACUUCCCCCGUUUACUAUCUCUCCGUCUCAUCUUUCUUAUUGGUGUGUUUGCGCGGUUGCCAGGGGAACCCUGCACGCUAGGGUUGCAGCGCGCGGAGAGCGUUGACAAGACACUGCACGCGAGAGGCGAACAUAAACAAACAUAAUCAAUGUUACGUUCAACAGUUUACUAAAUCUGGACAAUUAUUGUAAUCGUUAAAUCAACACUAAUUGGUGCACUAAAUUGGAAAAUGUAGACGUCGUCAAUUAAGAUGUAAACUGUCUUUUUUUGAAUCGAGGUUAAUGUCGUUGAAUCUGUACUUAUUUUAAUGUUUCAUUAUUUAGGCUAGAGAUGGGAUUUGGCAGAGGUGCCCCCGAAGACAUUGUAUUGAUUAAUUAAUCGAUUGAUCGUCUGAUCAUGUCACCCUUAAAGUGUAGGUGUGUGUGUAAUACUUGUGUGUUGAUGUUGUGUAUACAUUGUGUGUGUGAUUGUGUUGGGUACCAAAACGUCUGUGCGUGUGUUGUGUACAAAUUGUGUGUGUGUUUGUAUAAUGUAUGAAACGUGUGUGCGUGUGGAAAUAACUUGUGGGUGUUUGUUUAUAAAUCAUGUUUGCGUUGUGUUUA